GGUUCACUUUAGCAUAAUCUUUAUGUGUGUGGAGGAAGGUGGUGGAGAUGGUGUUUUGGGUGGAGCUUUACGCAACCCCAUUACCAUUACCAUUACCAUUAUUGGUUCGUCUGAAAUCAAAGAAAUAAAAGAAGAAAGAAAAACGAAAAAUAGAAUCUGUAGCUCCACUUCAACAACAUUGAUACAACGUAUCUUUCAGAUUUCAUAGCUGUCUGAUGUCUCUGUCUCUCCAUCUUCUUCAAAUUUAUCACUAGUCCUAAAUAUCAUUCCUGGGUUAGUUUUAUUGUUAUUUUUUUCUUGUUCUGUUUUCUUGGGUGUCGGUUUGUUUGGAAAGGAUGAGAGAUUUUUGCCAGUUUUUUUUUUAGCCAUUUUUAACCGUGUCUGUUUGAAUUUGGAACUGAAAUUUAAGAGUGAGAGACAGGGGAGAAGAGGAGGGAAAAGGGAAGAAAAAUCUAGUUUAUGGAAUAUAUGCCUGGUUUAACGUGUGGAUCCGUCCUUGCUUUUGGGGAUUGAACGUUGUGGUGUUCCUCUUGGGGAAGGGGGUUUCUGAAUUCGGUGAGGAUUUGGGAGGGGAGAUAAAAUCAUGGGGAAUAUCGGAAGUAGCAGCGUGAACGGCCGACGUCGACACGGAAGCAGGCGGAGCCACCCGCCUCCGCCGCCUCCGCAACCGCCACAGCCUGAAAUUACUCCAAACCAAUACGUGUUCGCGGCGCCUUACCCAACUCAAUACCCCAACCCUAACCCUCCCCAGUACUACCAGUACCCGGGUUUCUAUCCCCCGCCGCCUGCAGCGAUGCCGGUACCGUUGCCGGCUCCGUACGACCAUCACCACCGCGGUGGACCUCCGCCGCACAUGGACCCUGCCCACGCAAAUUUUGUGGCUGGGCGGUACUCUUGUGGUCCUGUUGUUCCUCCCCAUGCCCCAUACGUUGAGCACCAGAAGGCUGUUACCAUUCGCAAUGAUGUUAAUCUCAAGAAGGAGACUUUGCGACUCGAGCCUGAUGAGGAACACCCUGGGCGCUUCCUUGUUGCCUUCACAUUCGAUGCCACGGUUCCAGGGAGCAUCACCAUUAUUUUCUUUGCAAAAGAAGGCGAAGACUGUAGCCUGUCGCCAAUGAAGGAAAACCUGGAACCAGUCACUGUACAUUUCCAACAAGGUCUUGGUCAGAAGUUCAGGCAACCUACCGGAACUGGGAUUGACUUCUCAACGUUUGAGGAGUCAGAGUUGCUGAAAGAGGGUGAUAUGGACGUGUAUCCUCUAGAAGUGAAGGCUGAGGCAUCCCCAAUCAACCAAAUUGGAGCAGAUGGAAAUCCAAUCCCUGGAACCAUGAACUCUCAGAUAACUAAGGCAGUGUUUGAGAAGGAGAAAGGUGAAUACCAGGUGAGGGUGGUGAAACAGAUCUUGUGGGUGAAUGGCAUGAGGUAUGAAUUGCAGGAGAUUUAUGGAAUUGGGAACUCUGUUGAUGGUGAUUUUGACAGCAAUGAUCCGGGAAAAGAAUGUGUUAUCUGCUUGUCGGAACCUCGGGACACAACUGUCCUUCCCUGUCGACAUAUGUGUAUGUGCAGUGGGUGUGCUAAAGUUUUGAGGUUCCAAACAGACCGGUGCCCUAUUUGCCGACAACUAGUUGAGAGACUUCUGGAGAUAAAGGUCAGCAAUGGGUCUGACGACUGAAGAGAGGGUGAGGUGUUGUCAGUGUGCUGUAAAGUUAUACGUUCUCUUCUUCUUUAGUCCGCAUCUUAUCAUUCCAUGAUUUUCUAAUAAUCAGAUGCUAAAAUUACAGUCAGUAUGCAAUUUGCCUUUGGUAUAAUGCUCCCCUAGUGGAUGCCAUUGCAGAUGAUAUUGUAAGCCCAAUCCUCUGUAUGUAUGUGUGAGUGAUCAGUGGCAUGUCUCCUGAGUCACUAUAAAAUAUGUUUAUGUUUUGGUUUGGUAUUGAUUUGGAUCAGUAGAAGGUUUGAUUUGAAGGUUUUA